AGUGUCUCAGACACAGCAGGAGAGGAUGCAGAAGAUAUACAUGCAGAGUGAUGGGCACUUUGAGGUGUUCACCACUGUCUUCCCCCCACAAGGUGAGUACCACCUGCAAUCCUCUCUGGGGCUGUAGGUAUGAAGUUUCUCAGUGUAGGAGUGCUAAUUUAGGAUCAGUUUUGCCUUGAAUCACAAUGAAUAAGAAUGCAUGAACAGGAAGUAACUUAUCCUAGAGUACUCUGAGACUCUUGAUCCAUUACGGACCCAGUUCUAUUAUGGGCUAGUCUCAUGUUGUCAUACUGUCUUGGUCUUUAUUGAGGUUAUUAUUGUGCAUAGAGAUUAAUUUAUUUGCCUUUUCAGGUUAUUUUCAUUAACUGGUUUUCGGGAGCCUAUCAUAGUUUUGCUGUCAUCUUGCCUAACAGCUCUUUAUGACUUCAUAUCUAAAUUUCAACCCUUUUUUAUCAGCUUGUAGAGCAAGAACAAGAUACAGGCCUAGGGAAGCAGUGAAGGUAUGUUAAUGAUUUCUCAUUAUUGAUAGAGCUACAUGUAUAGUAAGUCACAACCAGAACAUCACAGAUGUGAACGAUCCAGUGUCAGGGUGAUGUUCUGCAGAGGAUCAAGAUGUGUUGUCAUUUAGACUAGAGGAAUGGAGCAACAAAAUGAAUGCAUGAUAAGAUGAACACAGUGAAAACUAUACAGUAUAUAGUAGAGCUACAAAGGUGUACUUAUAAUUUUGCAAGAUUAGUCAGAUGUGAUUGGUUGAAAAAACAGGUAAGGGUGGGCUGUCUCAGCAGAAAGUGACAUAAGGGAAUGACUUGAGGGAAGCAGUGUUGCCCCCUAUUGUGUGGUUUAGCCUACUCCUCCAGGCAGGCCUUGACCCCCCUCUCCGUUUUCCACAUCACAGCUAAGGACCAUCUAUAUAUAGCUCUCUACAGGUUAUUUAAAGGAGAUCAACUCCAGACAGCCUUGGACUGUUGACAGACAUGAGGAACAGGAGACCGAGAUAGACUCUUAUCCCUCUCUUUGGCUAGUGUUCAGUAACUCAUUAUUAUCUAACUUCUGUGCUCAUAAACUGUACAGUAACUACUGUUUACAUAGAGCAACAAAUACACUGUCCACGGUAGUGUCCAAGUCUCUCUCCUGGCAAAAGUUACAUGUCACUGAUGUCAGUGUAAGAAGGACAUACAGUACUUGUAAUUUAAGACAAGAUAAUCCUCUUAUCUGGUCUUCUGUGGGGACAUUUUGAAUGAAAGAGCAGCGGCUGGGUUUGGCCUCUGUGACCUGUUGGUUCAGCAAGAUAGACAAUUCAUGAAUUAAAUAUAUUAAUUCAUUAAUUAAAUCUCAAGAAUAGGCUAUAUAGCAUGAUUUAAUAUUCUGAGUGCACAGAGUUUAACUUCAGUUGUCUCAGGGAAAGGGAGAGAGCAUGCUCAGUUCUUAUCGUCUUGCGUAAACAAAUGAAAGAGGUUCUGGAAGUUGGAACCAAACAUAGAUCAACUUUUCCUUGAGUUGUACAUUGUCCUUUGUCUCUUAUUGACUUACAGUGGUAACUUACUUCUUCUCCUUCAGGUGGUAGCAGCAGUCAACUACAGGCCUCAUUGGCCAGAUGAGCUUCAACUAUGUCAGGGUGACGUCAUCCAAGUUCUCUUCAGAGAUGAGCCGUCGUGGUGGUUCGGGCGUCUACAGAACGGGGCAGAGGGGUACUUCCCAACCGCAUGUGUGACCAGACUGAACCAGGUAAGGUUUUCCUCUGCCUGCUGAAAAGCAAGAUAAAAAAAUAAAAUAAAAAAAAGGAAUGUAGAAAGUUUUUUCUAUUUUUGUAUGCUAACAACUUUUCAUUUUAAGGUUCCUCAUCCAGAUAUUGCACUAAAAAUAGAUUUCAAGCAUGUUUUCACAGUGUAGAACUUACCGUGUAGAUAUAUAAUAUAGCUUCCUGGCAAUGAACUCAACAGAAAUAAACCCUCCCAACUAAUUGUUGGACAAAAACUUGAUGAUGUAUUCAUGGAUGUUGACCAGGAGGUCUAAUUUUGGCAAGUGAGUUUGGUUUGUGUUUACAGAGUGAUGAUCAUGAGCCAGUGAAUGCCAAUCCAAGCUCGUUACGGAGUUCAUCCAAGGAUGCAGCUCCUGAUGCCCCCUGUGGCUGCACAAGGUAAGAACAUCUGUGAUCCAAUCCCACCUCCUCCCCACCCAACAAAACCACAGAGGCAAUUGACUUCAGUUGAUUGUAGUUGUCCUCAGUAUAGUAAUUUGUUUAACAGUUUUAAAUAAAAAACUAGAAUAUUUUUAGUUGUUCCCACCUUAUGCAGUUUUCCCCUCCCAUAGGACUUCUAUAAAUUGGGUCAGAGAAUCAACAAGAAGCCCUCUGUGUUUGUUUCCCUCUUUAUGUAUGCAGCAGUCGUAGUACUCCAAAGCUCCCCAGGCAUGAGAAAGAGAGCCUCUUACGGGCUUUGGGACACAAGGCCUCCUCAAAGUCAGGCUCAGCCCACAGCUCCCCCAGCCUGCUGCACCGUGUGCUGUCCAAGGGCCACCGGAGGAGGAGUGACGCCCAGGGACUGGGAGAUGUAAAUUGCUCCGUCAAUGGCUCCAUCAAUGUAGCAUUCGAACCUGACUGAUUGUUUAUCUCUUAGAAUUGUAUCAUGUACAGUACCAGUCAAAA